AUGACUUGGUUCGGCGACGAUCACGAUAACGCCCGCGCCCACCAGGAGGUCAACGGCACCGAAGGCCACCAGGGACACUGGUCUCACCAGCUCAUCGGCGGUGCCGCCGCUUACGAGGCCAUGAAGGCCUACAACGAUCACGAGGAGAAGAACGGAAAGCCCCAGAGCCAUGCCAAGGCUAAGGAGAUCGGUGCUGGCUUGGCCGCCGCUGCUGUCGAACGUCUCAUCGAGACCAAGGGCCUCGACUUCAUUGACAAGGAGAGGGCUAAGCACCAUGCCAAGAAAGAGGCUGAGGAGGCGAUUGACCGUCACUACUAA